GGGGCGGUACGGCCGCACGUGGCUGGAGUGCUCGCCUCUUCGUUAGAGAACAAGGAAGCAGCAGCGGAGGAAUGGUUGCCAACUCUCUCAAGUAACAUUUAGCAGGCUGUCCGCUCUUCACCCACGCGGUGCUGUGCAAGGUGAGCUCUGGUGCGACAGCUCUACGUCAAGAAUGGAGGCUGUAGGAGGAGAGGGGCGUCCGGAGGUGCAGGGAGCAGCAGCCUCACCGGGUUCCUCUGGACGUGGACAGAGUUCCGUGAAGCCAGUCUGGGCUUUGCUAGAGGAAGCAACCCAGAUGAAAACAGAAGGCAACGCCUUCUACAGGGAGAAGAACAUCCGCUCAGCCAUCGGGCGUUAUCACCGCGCGCUCCUGAUCCUCCGAGGCCUUGACUCUGAUGUGAUGUCCUCUGUUAAAGGGUUUGGACCUGAGAUCCCUGCUCUCACUCCUGAACAGCAGGCCUUAAUGAGAAGCACACAAGUGGACUGCUACAACAACUUAGCUGCCUGUUUGCUUCAGAAAAAGAAUGCUGAUUAUGCUCGUGUGCAUGAAUACAGUCUGCGAGUGCUGCAGUGGCAACCUGGCAAUGUUAAAGCCCUGUACAGAGCAGGAGUUGCCACUCUGGAGAUGGGAGAUGCACAAACUGCCAAACAGUACCUCACCAAGGCCUGCAGAGAACAGCCUAAUGACACCAACGUGAGGAAGCAUCUGCAAAAGGCUGAAGAGAAACUAAAUCGGGAGUUGCAAAAGGAGAAGGCCAUGUAUCGAGACAUGUUUUCUUCUGGUCUGACGAGCAGCUCUGCAGAGGGAGUUACACAGACGGACAGUUAAACAACCAUACUGGUGAGGAUGUGCAGCCCACCAGCUCCACCCACCAAAUUAAGCCUCAAGCUGAACUGGUCACAAAAUGAAGAAUGUUAACGCUCCUUCAAUCACUAACGCAGUGGUUCCUUAACUCGGAGGCUGAGAGAUACAGUGACGGUGGCGUGACAGUGCCUAGAUAUAAAGAACAUAGCCCUGGCACACAGCUGGCAUGGAUACGAUACGUAAGAUAAUAUGUACACUCACUGCAGAGUGAUGUGUUAUUUUGGUUUGUUAUGCAGCUUGCAGAUCCUUUUGUAAUUUACAGACAUGUGUCCUUUAACUGUUUGAGUCAAGCACAGGGAAGUAAGGACUGUUAAUGAAUUGCGCUCUGUAGGAAUGAAAGAUGCUGCUGAAAAUAGAAAGCAGACCAGAAAGUUAGUUUCCUAGCAACAAAGUGACAGAGCUAGGUUUCGCAAAAGUACUUUUAAAACCGAAAGUGACACUAAUUUCAUAUUUUGCCUUGGAUGAUUGUAAGUGUUUGUCAGUGCAGUCUAAUGUUAAUUUAAAGGUAAAUAUUUUUUUAAUACGCAAGCCUAAAUGAAACACUGUAGAUAUUUCGGUCACACUGAGGGCGUAAUCAUCAGUUUCUUUUAUUAUUGUAAGCAAUGAAGCCACAUUUAGUCUUAAAUAGCUGGAUAGUUUCACCAUUCAAUAUUUAUUUGAAAAUCCUGAGCACAAUAUCAAGUUAAAGAGUAUUUGCUUGGUUUGGUCAUUAUCUGGCCAAUAUGAUUGUACUUCUGAGGCAAUAGUGCCUCAUUAACGACGAGAAAUAUCACAUUCUCACAAUAAUUAUAUUAAUGGAACAAGUUACAGAGCAGCAUGCAGGGAGAGCGUACACAGACAUUCAUACUCAUGGCUAGGAGUGCAACUAAUAUGUAAUGAAGCUGCUUAUAGCCACUACGAUGUGGUCAUAUUUAGUGUUUUUAUGAUGGCGCUACGUUUCUGCCAUGAAGGAUUCUGAACAACAUUCUCACUAUGGAAGAAAACCUCUGUGGUCAACACUGUGGUCUAAGAGUUAAUGAUUCACCCCUAAAUAAAGUUAUCACGAAUGUCU